UGUAUUUCAUUCUUCUUCUCAUUGGUGAGUGUGUUUGUGGUUUCAUUCAUGAUUUCUAGUUUCAUUAGGUUUGAUCCUGUUAUGAAAAGCAUUAAAGCAGCGUCUCUCUUUCACAGUUCUCUGCUCCGUAUCUGAAUGUGUUCAGCAUCAGUAUCACUUUAUAAAUGAGAACAAGACCUGGACUGAAGCUCAGAGAUACUGCAGAGAGAAAUACACAGAUCUGGCCACCGCUGACAACAUGAACGACACGAACGAGCUGAAGAAGAGUGUGAAUGAUGGAAGUGUUCAGAAUAUCUGGAUUGGGCUUCAGAAGACGGGUCGUGAUGAAUGGCACUGGUCUUCAGGUGAACCUGUGCUCUAUCUGAACUGGGCUCCUGGACAACCAAAUCUUGGUGAUGAAGAAUGUGUUAUUAUGUCAAAUGGACAAUGGCAUGAUGUGAUAUGUAGCAUGUCCCUAACUUUUAUUUGCAAUUCCUCCAAUAACACAAUCACAGAACUUGUCUUGGUCAAUCAGCUGAAGAGUUGGAGAGAUGCUCAGAGUUACUGCAGACAGAAUCACAUUGAUCUGCUCAGUGUGAGGAACCAGAACGAGAAUCAACAGGUUCAGCAGUUCAUUAGUGACAGAUAUUUAUCAGGAUCACGGAUCUGGGUCGGUCUGUUCAGAGACUCAUGGCAGUGGUCAGAUCAGAGUGACUCUUCAUUCAGAGACUGGGACACUGCUGAACCUGAUAAUAAUGGAGGAAAUGAAAACUGUGCAGCUGUUAAUGCUCAGAGAAAAUGGUUUGACGUCUCUUGCAUCAAUCAAUAUCCUUUUGUGUGUUAUGAAGGUGAGUAGAUCUUCACUAAACACACACACUCCAUCAUCACCUCCAGAUCUCUUAAA